CCAAAAUCAAACUGUCAAAUCAAAAAAAUAUGUGUUUUUACCCUUUUUUACUUUUGUACUCAAAACUUUUAUCUCACAAUCGACAAUUUUCGACCGGAAACCAUUAUGGCGCCUCUACCUGGCAAAUAAAUUUUGAAAACGGAAAAGUAAAUAGCAGCGGGAAACAUCGCUAAGCUAACAAUAAACAUCGCGUGCUACGAGUGUGUGACUCCCAGACGCUUUCCGUGGAGCGCGUCUUCGAAGCUCCAUUCCGCGGCUAGCCAUCACCCAAUCAACCCAUCGGCAUGUUUCAAAACAAAAUUCAUUUGUCAGACGUCAAUCAACCUUAUCAAAAUUCGAAAAAAAUGGAUGACGAUGACCAGUUCGUGCCCGACGAUGUGAGCAAAAUCGUCAAAGACACCAUCGAGGGGCUGCUCACGGGGACCACAUACGAGACUGAAAAAGUGAAUCAGUGGAGUGCCAGAGUCUCCGAACAGUGUCUCAGUGCCUUGAGUAAACUGAAGAAGAAUUUCAAGUACGUGGUGACUUGCUCCAUCAUGCAGAAGACAGGGGCUGGCUUGCACACCGCCAGUUCCUGCUACUGGGACAGCACCACGGAUGGCACGUGCACGGUCAGGUGGGAGAACAAGACCAUGUAUUGUAUUGUCACCGUUUUUGGACUCGCGAUUUAAUUAUGGACUGCCGGAAAUGUGUGUGAUGGAGUGAAAAUUGUGAGUGAAGAUUUUUAACAACUUACAAAUAUCUUGUUCUACGUAUUACUCGAUUUAUAAAAAAUAAAAUGUUUUUACACGC